AUGUAUUUCACAGAGGCAGAGUGGGCCCUGCUGGAUCCAGGCCAGAAAACUCUCUACAAGGAAGUCAUGCUGGAGAACCAUGAGAACGCGGCCUCUCUGGGGAAUGAUCAAAGGAAAGAGGAGGUUGAGGAACUGCAUACUAUAUUGCCAGAUGAAGUCAAGAAUGAAGACGUGAGAGAAAACUUCAGGAAUGAAGGCAGACCUCAGUGGCGGAAAGGUAGCCACAUAGUCAAGAAGAGGAAUAAACCCAUUCUUUGCCAAGGGGGGAAUUUUUGUGAAGUAACUCACAUGGUGGAAGAAACAUACAAAUGCUUGGAAUGUGGAAUGAACUUCUCAGAUAAAACCCAAUAUAAUGUCCAUUUGCAACUGCACAGUGGAACGGCGAUUCAUCAGUUUUUGGAGUAUGAAAGGAGCAUCCUUUGUAGAGCAGAGCACCUUGUACAUCAACAGACCGGUGCGGGAGAAAAACAUUAUAGGUGCUCAGGUUGUGGUGAGAGUUUCUCACAGAAAUUAGACCUUAUUGAACACCAGAAGAUUCAUUCAGGAGACAAACCAUUUUUCUGUUCAGAGACUGGAAUGGUGUUCCCUGAUGGAAAAAGGUAUAAUGUGUAUUUUUCAAAGCACAGUAUAAUGAAUAUGUGUGAAUGCUUUUAUUGUGGAAAGUACUUUAAAUACAGAUCAGAGCUUCUUGCACACCAAAGAAUACACACAGGGGAGAAACCUUUUGAAUGUUCAGAGUGUGGAAUAAAAUUCAGGCGGAGGAGCAAUCUGCAGCAGCAUCUAAGAACCCACACAGGGGAAAAACCUUUUGAAUGCUCGGAGUGUGGAAAGAGAUUCAUUCGGAAUUGUGACCUUCAACGGCACCUUAGAACCCACACAAAGGAGAACCCUUUUGAAUGCUCCAUGUGUGGGAAGAAAUACAGUCAGAGUUGCGACCUUCAAAAGCAUCUGUCAAAACACACUGGAGAGAAACUGUUCGAAUGCGAAGAGUGUGGAAAGAGAUUCAAUUGGAGUAGCGGUCUUCAACAGCAUCAAAGAAUACACAGAGGGGAGAAGCCUUUUGAGUGCUCAGAGUGUGGGAAAAGAUUCAGUCAGACUGGCAAUCUUUUAAAACAUCGAAGAACCCACACAGGGGAGAAACCUUUUGAGUGCUCAGAGUGUGGAAAGAAAUUCAGUUGGAGUGACCAUCUUCAGCGGCAUCAAGAAACCCAUAGACAACAUGAAGGAACCCAUAUACAGGAAAGAUCUUUUGAAUGUUCAGAGUGUAGAAAGAGAUUCAGUCGGAGUAGCGAUCUUCAGCGGCAUCAAAGAACCCACACAGAGGAGAAACCUUUUGAAUGCUCAGAAUGUGGAAAGAGAUUCACUGAAAGUGGCAGUCUUCUAAAGCAUCAAAGAACUCACACAGGAGAGAAACCUUAUGAGUGUUCAGAGUGUGGAAAGAAAUUCAGUCAGAGUGGCAAUCUUCUAAAGCAUCAAAGAACCCACACAGGGGAGAAACCUUUUGAAUGCUUAGAGUGUGGAAAGAAAUUCAGUCAGAGUGGCAACCUUCUACAACAUGAAAGAAGCCACACAGGGGAGAAACCUUUUGAAUGCCCAGAAUGUGGAAAGAGAUUCACUAAGAGUAGCAAUCUUCUAAAGCAUCAAAGAACCCACACAGGUGAGAAACCCUUUCAGUGUUUAGAGUGUGGAAAGAGAUUCAGUCAGAGUGGCAAUCUUCUACAGCAUCAAAGAACCCACACAGGGGAGAAACCUUUUGAAUGCUUAGAGUGUGGAAAGAGAUUUUAUCAGAAUAGCAAUCUUCAGCAACAUCAAAGAAACCACACAGAGGAGAAUCUUUUGACCACUCAGAGUGUGGAAAGACAUUCAGCUGAAACUCCGUCUUCAACAGCAUCUAAGAACUCACACCAAGGAAAAAUCUUUUGA